AAAAAUGGCAACUAAUAAAACAGAUGAGCGUAAUCAAGAAGCUACAAUUUAUGUUGGAAAUUUGGACGAAAGGACCACUGAUGCGAUUUUAUGGGAACUUUUUCUUCAAUGCGGGCCAGUUGUUAAUGUUCAUUUACCAAAAGAUAGGGUUAGCCAGACACACCAGGGAUUUGGGUUUUGUGAAUUUUUAACAAUAGAAGAUGCGGAUUAUGCAUGCCGUAUUAUGAAUCAAAUUAAGCUUUAUGGGAAACCUAUUCGUGUAAACAAAGCAAGUGCAGACAAAAAAAAUACCAUUGAAAUAGGAGCGGAGCUGUUUGUUGGAAAUCUGGAUCCUUUAGUUAAUGAAAAAAUUCUUUAUGAUACUUUUAGCAUCUUUGGAAUGUUAGUGGCACCUCCGAAGAUUGCUCGAGAUGAUAAUGGACAAUCUAAAUGUUUUGGUUUUAUUUCUUUUGAUUCAUUUGAAGCAGCGGAUGCAGCUAUAGAAGGGAUGAAUAACCAAUUUCUUAUGAACAAAUCUAUUACUGUUAGUUAUGCUUUUAAGAAGGAUGGAAAAGGCGAACGACAUGGUGAUCAAGCAGAACGACUACUUGCUUCCCAAGCUCGCAAAAAUAAUGUUAAUUUACAAUCGACAGGGAUUCCAGCGCUCCCUUCUGGGUUUACAGGCCAGGUUCCUAUUGGAUAUCCCGGGCAAAUUCCUCAAAAUCCGGCAGGAUUUUCUCAACCACCUAUGGGAUAUCUUUAUCAAAAUUAUCCAGGGACUAUCCCACAAGGAUAUGUACAACAACCUCCUGCAACAGGUGUUCUUCCUAUGAUGAAUUCAUAUCCUGUUAUUCCUCCGCCUCCUCCACUUUCAAAUUUUGGGAGGUGAUAUUUUGAUAUUUAUAUUUUUCCUAUGAAUGCAUAUUAGAUGGAGAG